UGGGGCGUGGCAGAAACGGAAGGCAGUUCAAUCAGGCAAGUGCCAGUACGCUCGGCGUCAUUUGACGCUUGGCCGGGCUGCGCUGUGUAGCGAACGAAACAUACGGGAUCCGGAGUAGACGGCUACGCGAUGUUCUACGGUGGACAGUGUCUGAUCCUAUCCACCUUCCUUUCCACGAGAGGUUGUGUCCGCAGCCUGGCUUGCGUGUUUGCCUGCAGGCAGAAAUCCCAAGAUCCAGAGGGCUAUCUUGGGGCUAUCUCAGCCACCGCUCCUCCUGGGGAAACUGACAAUCUUAAGCCAAUCCCCAUCCACGUGUCCGCACUGUUGACUCGGACUCGCACUGAGCAGCAACGAUCGAUUCCAGCGCUGUCCUGCAGGUCGCUUUCACGAACUCCAGGUCCUGCGAACACUGCUGAGCCAGCACUUGACAUCCGACUGCCAAACCAGUUCGAACCCUCCGCUAGGCCGAAGUAGGGAGUAGACGGGAGCCUUCGCCGUGUACAAGCCGGACAGAACCAACUACCUUGCUUAUAACUUUGUCUCCCCAUCAAUUCGAACGACAUAAUGAGGAUUGUCAGCUCCCGAUGACAGCCGUACGCGU